AUGGAGAUUUUGUAUGUUUGUUUGUCAGCGAUAUUAACAGGUAGCCAUGUCGUAAGAGGUUGGUCAUCGAACGGAGAGAUGGCUGUUCGACAGGACUACAUACAGGCGGACACAUACCACUACCUUGUGCGUCCUAACGCUACUGUACACGCCAAGGCUGGCCUCAGCAUUCUCACUAUCAAUGGUUUGGAUAACACUGCUCAGCAGUUCUCUGUGACGGGUUGGCUUACUGUGGAAUGGGAGGACGAACGCUUAUCAUGGACGCCAGACGCCAAAUAUGAUACCGAUCAUGUAUAUUCUACUUUUGGUGAAAUCUGGAUCCCUGAACUCUUCAUUGACAACUCUGUGGAAGAUGUAUCAGUUCUCUACGAUGAGAACCUCUUUCUCCGAGUCAGUCACACUGGGAGGGUUGACCUGGACUACCCACGUAUAUUCCAUACCACGUGUCAUAUUGACGUGACGUCAUUUCCAUUUGACACCCAGACAUGCAUUCUGGAGCUAAGCAGUUGGGCUUAUACUAUCGAGGAGCUGGACCUCAUGCAUCUGAUGCCAGAGGUCAACGCCCGCCUACUCAGUCCAAAUGGUGAGUGGAAUUACCUGGGUUCCAGUGUUGAUCGUGACGUCAUUAUUGAGAAAACAUCAUCUGGCCAAGUGGAAUAUGCCAUGCUUAGAUACAUAAUGAGACUAGAACGAAAAAGAGCAUUUUACGUGACUAAUAUUAUACUUCCAGUCACACUGACGGCAAUACUCAACGUACUGGUGUUCAUGAUUCCUAAUGACUCCGGGGAGAAGAUAGGAUACGCUCUGACCAUCUUAUUAGCGUUAGCAGUUCUACUGACCAUGAUCGCGGAUAGCAUGCCUCACACGUCUUUACAUGUUUCCGUUCUGUCAUUUUACCUAGCCCUGACGCUGUGCGUGUCUGUAUUCUGUGUUGCCUGUUCAGUGGUUAUUCUACGCCUUUAUCUCAAGGAUCCCAAUGAAGAACGACCGCACUGGGCAAAGUUGGUAUGGAAGUAUGUUGGAUUUUUAGUCAGACCAACUAUUGAUAACAAUGAUAAAGAAGCGAAACAUGUUGAUGUUAACGGAGAAGCCGAGCUGAAACCCUUGUCUUCCGAUACGGUACAACUGGACAAUGUUGCCGAAAUGAUCCCCACGUGGGCAGAUGUUGCCAAUGCCAUGGACUGGAUCGCCUUCUUUGUCAAUACGGCUAUCAUCGUAUUCGCCACUAUUAUCAUCAUGAUCAUUCUGUGCUUAUAA